GCGCUUUUGGCUUUUCUGCUUCGGCGAAGAAGACUUUGAACAGCAAAGUGAAGGACUACAGGUUUAGUUUCCACUGAAUUGAGAGACUCUUUGCAUGAUUGAUAGGGCUGUGGGUUUGGCAAGACAUGCAGCAAGAUUGUGGCCCAAGCAAUUGCGACUGCCUUGCAUCGUUUCCUCAAAGAGGAAUUUUUCUGAGCCAUCAAUGGGCGGAGGGCCGUCUUCGGAAGUGAAAGGACAGAGUGUCCAGCUAGUUUGGACAACUACCAUUUUCUCCGAUUGCAAGUGCUGCCCUGGUUUGAAGACUUUGCAGGGGGAGGUGCCGGCCUGGUUGAAAAGCAACUUUGAGAAGAUUGUAGAGCUCGGAGCACCCUAUGGUAGUUGCAUUUGCUGCCAGAUGGACAACUGCGGCAGUCCGUGCUUUCCAAGUCCAUUUGAGGAUGAGAGUCAGAACGAGCCACUAAAAGCAAUGAGAUCCCAGUUCCCACAGUAUGUCUUCUCGUUCAGGGCUGAGUGGGUGGGCAUGGGCAAGCAUGCCAAUUGGCAGCACGUCCUACAGAUCUCAAACAGUGGCGCAGUUGUGGGUGAAGUUGUCGGUGUCCCUGGACAGCAGAAUAUGUAGCGAGUUUCCAUGCGAAAUCCAUACGAAUUUGGAUCCUGACGUUGGCGUGACUUUGAGCAGUGUCCCAGUGUCUUAGAAGGGGGUAAUUCCCAAAUCCUUGUUGGCAGGACUGACCAGAAUACUGGGAGCACAAAGUGGCCCCAGACUUGGUCAAGAGGAUCAAGUGUUCAAAGGGGGAUGCGCUCGCUACUUCAGAGGCUGCAACAAA